AAACGAGACGGCAGCUGUCUGGACAGGGAGUUCAUGUAACAUCUUAACUUGAAAGGCGAUCAUGGGAACGAAUAUUAUAUGUUUGUGCAUUUGUGCUUUGGUAAUAGUCCACCCAGUCGUCCUCGGAGAUGAUGAAGAUGAUGAUCCGCUACCAACUUUUUCUACACUGACAAAAAUGUUAUGGAGAAAAAAUGAUUUUGCUUUUCGCCUGUACACGAGUCUUAGCUCACUGCCUGAAUAUCAGAACAAGAAUAUCUUUUUCUCUCCAUUGAGCGUGUCGAUGGCCCUUUCUGCAUUGUCUUUAGGAGCUGGUGGUAAGACCAAAGAGCAGCUUCUCUGGGCCAUCGGUCAUGACAGCUCCGUCUUCAACACUGAAGAAGUGCAAAAGACCUUCCAAAGUUUCUUGGAAGAAAUCAGCCAAAGAAGGGUGGACAUGGAUGUAGGUAGUGCUCUUUAUGUAAGCAACAAAUCAAAACCACUUCCUGAGUUCCCUGAGAAGAUGAAGCAGCUUCACCUCCCGGAAGGCUUUGCUGUGGAUUUCCACCUCAAUGAAACUUUAGACAAGAUUAAUACAUAUGUCAGGGAAAAAACAAACGGGAAAAUAGAUAAAGUUUUUGAAGAUCUGGAUGCUAACACCAUGAUGAUCCUUCUAACCUAUAUAUAUUUUAAAGGAAAAUGGACUAUGCCAUUUGACCCGAAAUUUACUCAUGAGGCUAAGUUCUAUGUUGAUGCUGAAAACACAGUUCCAGUUCAAAUGAUGAAUCAGAAAGGCUAUAUCAAAAUUUUUCAUGACACGCUCAUCUCCACUAAAGUCCUUUCUCUGGACUACAACAACUCCUACUCCUUAUUUCUAGCUCUCCCAGAUAAAUCACUCUCUGAUCUGGAGAAGGUUAUUAAUCGACGAGAUAUAGAAAGGUGGAGGAAUGUGGUCUGGAACAGUCCGGUCGACAUCUACGUCCCAAAGCUCUCUCUAAAAGCAUCAUAUUCACUGACUGAUAUUUUGAAGGGAAUGGAAAUGGCUGACAUUUUCACAGAUGAGGCCAACUUCACAGGAAUUUCAAAAGAAAAGAUGUUCAUGUCACAGGUUAUACAUCAGGCUGCUUUUGAAGUAGAUGAGAAAGGGAUAGAAACGGCAUACUUUGGGAUAGAUAUCUCCAAGAGACAACUACCAGUUUACAGAUUUGAUCGUCCAUUCAUGAUCUUCAUUGUCGACCCGAUCAAUUACAACAUCCUUUUCAUGGGAAAAAUAGUCAAUCCAGUGGAAAAAUAGUGAUGUGACAUGAUUCAAGAUGCAGCCCUGAUUUUGUACAGAUGAUAACAAGUACAGUUAUUGCUUUAAACAUCUUUUGUUAGCAUGAUACUGUGCACAAAUGCAAAGUUAGCAUGUGUUAUUAAAGGAAA